UUCUGAGGUGGGCGUAACUCUGAAUAGCCUCAGUUAGCUAAUGCUAGAGUAAAAUCCAUCAAGGCAAUUUUUUACAAAAAGAAACCAAAUCAAUUGAACAAAACAAGAAGAGGACAAUACUUUUGCUGCAGGAGGUUUACCUGCAAACCUGAAAAGACCCAAUGGCUACUGACAUGCCCAUGGACACGGUGCCAGCUCCUGACCCUGCCCCAGCCUCACCCCCCGACCCAGACCCUUCCCCGGCCUCCACUCCUGCUCUCAGCUCCAGUGAAGCCCAAGACCAGAUUCCCACACAGGGGAUUUCAGCAAUACCUGAAAUCCCCGACACAGCGGUGAGCCCAGAACAUGAUGCUGCUCCAGACCCAGACACGGCCCCGGGCCUUGUUCCAGGUUCUGAGCUUCCCCCCGCUCCUCUGCUGCCAGACAGCGCCAAGAACCCCAGCUGCAAGAUCAUGACCUUCCGGCCCACCGUGGAGGAGUUCAAAGACUUUGCCAAAUACAUCGUCUACAUGGAGAGUCAAGGAGCUCACCGUGCUGGCCUGGCAAAGGUGAUUCCCCCGAAGGGCUGGAAGCCGAGGAGGUCCUACGACACCAUUGAGGACAUGGUGAUUCCUGCUCCCAUCAUGCAGGUGGUGACCGGACAGUCGGGUCUCUUCACCCAGUACAACAUUCAGAAGAAGUCUAUGACCGUGAGCGAGUACCGCAAGCUGGCCAACAGCAAGAAGUACUGCACACCCCGGCACAAAGACUUUGACGACCUGGAGAGGAAGUACUGGAAGAACCUGACAUUUGUGUCACCUAUUUAUGGUGCUGAUGUCAGUGGCUCCAUCUAUGAUGAGGACAUUCAAGAGUGGAACAUUGGCCAUCUCAACACGCUGCUGGAUAUGGUGGAGCAGGAGUGUGGAAUCGUCAUCGAGGGUGUCAACACUCCCUACAUGUACUUCGGCAUGUGGAAGACCACAUUUGCCUGGCACACUGAGGACAUGGACCUCUACAGCAUCAACUACCUGCACUUUGGACAGUCAAAGUCCUGGUAUGCCAUCCCACCUGAGCACGGCAAGAGGCUGGAGAGGCUGGCACAAGGCUUCUUCCCUGGUAGCUCCCAAGGCUGUGAUGCCUUCCUUCGCCACAAGAUGACGCUGAUAUCUCCUUCCAUCCUGAAGAAAUACAGCAUUCCCUUUGACAGGAUAACUCAGAAUGAAGGGGAGUUUAUGGUCACUUUUCCUUAUGGCUACCAUGCUGGCUUCAACCAUGGCUUCAACUGCGCAGAGUCCACAAACUUUGCCACCCUCCGCUGGGUGGACUACGGCAAAAUGGCUACCCAGUGCACCUGUCGUAAAGACAUGGUGAAGAUCUCCAUGGACGUGUUUGUGCGCUGCCUGCAGCCGGAUCGCUACGAGCUGUGGAAGCAGGGCAAAGACACCACAGUGUUGGACCACCUGAGGGCCUCGGGGCUCAGCAGCCCCGAACUAGAGCGCUGGAGGGAGCAUCGUGUAAACCACAGAGCAAAUGUCCUGCGAAGGGCCAUGCAGAAGAUGAAGCAGGUCCGUCGUCUAAAGCUGGAGGAGGUGAAAGUGCUGGCAGAGGAAGGCAUUGAGCUGAACGCUGCCGAGUACCAGCGUCAGGUGGAGGAGCGCGAGGCCCAGCGGAGGCAGGAGAGAGAGGAGCGUUUAGCCAAAGAGGCCAUGAUGACCCUGGAGGCCAUGGAGCGUGAGGAGCAGGAGGCUGCCGAAGCGGCUGCUAAAGCAGCAGAGACUCCGGCAGCAGAGACUCCGGCUGUAGAGGAACAAGAACCCGAGGCCAAACCACAGAACCCGACGGAGGACACUGAGAAAAAGAAGCAGAAAAAGCCGAAGAAGAUGUCAAAUGUCCUUGACCCCAUCACUGGGUUUGAGGAAGCAUUUGUGCAGUUUGCGUCAUCCGGCAUCAAGAAUUCAAAGAACGCCAUUGUCAGUCAUCCAGAGGUUGCGAACCCUCUUUCUCCAAGACAGAGUGACAUCCCAGCAGACAACAAGUUGGAUGCAUCCUACUCCAAGGUGAAGAUGCCAACAGAAGUAAAAAAGAGUCGGCGUCACCCCCUCAGCAAGCCACCCAUGCGCUCCCCUUUGUCCAUCCUCAAACAAGACCCGACCAGGGACAAAGAGUUGUCGUCCCCCACGCCGCUGGACAGCGACAUAAAGAAACAGGAGCACCUGUGGCAGAAUCACUCGCCCAACUUCCUGGCAGAGAAGGCCUUCAAUGCUGCAGUGGCAGCUCUGCAACCCCACUGCGCUAUCUGCUCACUCUUCUGUCCCUACCCAAAGCCACACAAAGACACUUUUGUUGCGAAUGACACCCAGCGCUCCUCCCUACCCCGUCUGACUCGUCCACUCGUCCCAGAGAUGUGCUUCAGCGUUGGUGCUGGCAACACUGAGCCUCCACCAACCAACUAUCACAUUGGAGAGGAUGGAACCAGUCCUCUGCUCUGCUGUUCAUCUUGCCACUUGCAGGUUCAUGCCAGUUGUUACGGUGUAAAGACAGACUCUGUCAGGGAUUCCUGGAUGUGCUCCAGGUGUGCAGCGGGAACCUGGACUGUGGAGUGUUGUCUCUGUAACUUGCGGGGAGGAGCUUUGAAGACUACCACAGACAACCGGUGGGUCCAUGUCAUCUGUGCCAUCGCUGUAGCUGAAGCUCGCUUCGUCAACGCCAUUGAGAGGGAGCCGGUGGACGUCAGUGCAGUUCCAGAUACACGCAAGAAUCUGAAGUGUGUGUACUGCCAUGGCAAGACUGCCAACCAGAACCGCGGCGCCUGCAUCCAGUGCUCGUACGACAACUGUGCCACCUCCUUCCACGUCACCUGCGCCCAAAUCGCCGGAGUAGUCAUGACGCCAGCAGACUGGCCCUACGUGGUGUCCGUCACCUGCCACAGGCAUAAAAGAGUCCCACCGAAGUCUCGGACAGCGCUCAAAGGCCAGCAGGGUCUGAACCUCAGCCAGAAGGUGAUUGGACGCAAUAGUGACGGCUGGUACUACCACUGCACCAUCAUCGGCAUGGCGACGCAGACGUUCUACGAGGUCAACUUUGACGACGGCUCAUACUGUGACAACCUGCACCCAGAAAACAUAUUAAGUCACGACUGCCUGCGUACCGGUCCUCCCGAGGUCGGGGAGUUGAUUGUGGUCGGCACUUCCGAGGGUCAGGUCGUCAACGCUUCUUUUGUCAGACCGCAUACCCACAAGUCCUACCAGGUUGAGUUUCAGGACCAGAGUCAGCUGAUACUGAAACACUCGGAGAUCCAUCAGCUGGAGCAGGAACUGCCGAAGAGGGUCCGAGCAAGACUGGCCAUACCUGUACCACAGGAGGAGGUUUCAUCAGCAGAUGAAGCCCAAGCGGCCAAACGCCGCUGCCUGCCAGCAGGCUCAGCCCCGCCUGCUGAAAGACACAUGGAGACAACCAAUACACCCGCCUGCCCCCUAACUACAGCCCUGGUAGCACCACCAGCACCAAGAGCACCACCAAGAGCACCACCAAGAGCAGAACCAGCAGCUGAACAUCUCAGUAUUCGUACAUCGCCGACCUCACAACCUCUUUCCCAUCCCACCUCGUCCCUACAUGAUGCCCUUACCCCAAUCAAUGGUAUUCAAAUGGAUGCAGAGACCCCAAUGGACACGCGCGUCGCCCUCACUGAUGCUCUAACGGAGUCGACCCUGGCCUCGGACCCCAUGCUGACGCCGCAGUCGACUCCUUUUUCAGUCGACGUUUCCUACAUGGAGAGCCUCCUCAACUCUCAUUUCCCUCAGGACAGUAGCCCUGGACCGCUGUAUUGAAAACCGCCUCCACUUUAUUAUUACUCGGCAAGUGGAAGCUGAGCCAAUAGGAAGUAAGCUAAUUGAGGUGGAUUCUACUGAGUGCUGUAUUAAUGGACAAAAACAUUUCCUCCACCGGCGCAGAGAGCUCAGGACGGGAGCGAAAAAGACACAGAAGCACUCUUUUAAUGCAUGCUACUUUUCUAUUUUUUUGAGUUAAUGUAUUUGCAGUGGUGCUUUAGCUUGCUCUGAAGCAGCGCCUAAAGAAGGCUAUUUUUUCUUCUAACAUUAUUAUUAUUAUUAUUAUUAUUAUUAUUAUUAUUUGUUAUGUUUUAGGCCUUUCUUUCUUUUUUUCCCUGUUUUUGGUCAGCUGCUGUGCUUUUCUCCAUCUUAAUAUGAAUACGUCUCUUGGUGGUAUCAACUCCAUACCUCGUUGCAUUGAUUCAAUGACGGCACACUCCCUUUUUCUUUUGUACAGGAAGCUAAUUACUAUGACGGCCUCUCAGCAUUGAGGCCCCCGGUGGACUUCACUUCUUCUUUCUUUUCUUUUUUAAAUCAAACAACCAGCAACAAAAUUUCUAUUUUUCAACUAGCCAGAAACUCUUGGGUGGAAAUAAAGUGUCACAUUGUCCAUCUGCCGGAUAUUCUCAGUAAGGUGUUUUGUUGUCGGGUUGCAAGAGGUAAACGGGGGAGGGGAAAUAGGGCAAAAAGAAAAAAAAAAAAAAUAUUGUAAGGGAAACUCAGUAUUUAAAUGUCUUUGGUAAAAUAUUGAAUUAAUUAUUUGUAAUGAAAUAAACAUGUUCAAUGCAAACACUGGUAGCUUUGCUUGCAGGAUGCAUUGAAUUUUUGUGAAGAUGUGUCACGGUAGUUAACAGAUGAGACUUUUAUGUAGUGACAUCAUUCCAACUGUCAUUUGGCAGCUCCACUUUUCUCACCCAAAACUGUCUCAGGGUUCCUACAUGUGGAAAAUGAAUUUAGUUUUCACAGUUAAGGAAGUACAGAACAGCCAGGAACUUCCUCAUCCGUCAUGAUUGGCACAUGAAUACCCGCUGCUUAUUUUUGCUAUUGUUCGUCCACUAUAAUAAGUUUCUUUGUCUUCUUUCUCCUAUUGGCACAUGAUCUGGCAAAACUAUGAAGUCAAUUUAAAGGUGGAAAGUCUGGGAAAUGUCUGAUAUUUAGAAAAAGGAAAGUAUUUAUAUGUAGGAACCCUAAAAUCUGGAAAUAUGUUGUACCAUUCUUGGUUUAAAUUGUAUGUAUAAAUCAAUGUAUAUUAAUUGUGGCUUUUUUUUUUUUAUAUAUUACUGUAUGCUUUGUUUGUUCAUUUUCUAAUUUCAAUUCACAAACUUGGCCGAUCUUAAAUAUUAAUGAGUUUAUUUUUGACACUUUCACACAUAUUUCUCAGUUUGUACUGGUAAAUACAACUUUUGUUUUCAAUGAUAUGGCCAUGUUUUGCUCCAGAGGUGCUUCAGAGACAGUUAAACUACUGAUGGAUUGACUUUCCCAACACUGUCACAUUGUACAUACUGCAGGCCUUGUGUAUUAUUGUGAAUCAAAAUGUGUAAAUGUCGCACAUAUACCUUUCUUAUCCUUUUCUUUUGUCUGUCUUCACAAUGGAAAUGUUGGGACACAAAUGUGUUCCUGUAUCCAUCAAGAAAAUUUUAUUUCAUGGGUAUUAAAGUGGGUUGCUAGUC